UCGUUCAACUUCCUUUUCUUCUCACUGUGUGUGUGUGUGUUUUGUGUGAUUUUUUUGUGUUUUUGGUUUUUCUCAUUUGAAAUUCUUUGGGAUUUUUUUGUUGAAUAUUCUUUUGAAAAAAAUGGGUGCAUACAAAUAUAUGCAAGAAAUAUGGCGACAUAAACAAUCGGAUGUUAUGCGAUUUUUGUUACGUGUUCGAACAUGGCAAUAUCGUCAAUUGAAUGUUAUCACUCGUUGUCCAAGACCAUCACGAACCGAAAAAGCUCGCCGUCUUGGUUAUAAAGCUAAACAAGGUUAUGUUAUUUAUCGUGUACGUGUUCGUCGUGGUGGCCGAAAACGUCAAUGUCCAAAAGGUGCUACAUAUGGUAAACCAAAGAAUCAUGGUGUCAAUGAAUUGAAACCGACACGAAAUUUACAAGCAAUUGCUGAAGAACGUGUUGGUCGUCGUGUUGCUCAUGCUUUGCGAAUUUUAGGAUCAUAUUGGGUUGGCCAAGAUUCUACAUUCAAAUUUUUUGAAAUCAUUUGUAUUGAUCCUUUCCAUAAGGCUAUACGUCGUGAUCCAAAAAUCAAUUGGAUCUGUAAUGCUGUACAAAAACAUCGUGAAUUACGUGGUUUGACUAGUUCGGGUAAAAAACAUCGUGGCUUACGUGGUUCUGGUCAUGGUUAUUCUAAACUUGUCGGUGGUUCAAGACGUGGAAAUUGGCGUAGACGAAAUACAUUACAAUUACGUCGAAGACGAUAGAGAAUUUCAAACAACAACAAAAACA